AUGGCUUCAUCAAUACCAUUUCCCGUAUUAUUCUUGCUGGCGACAGCGAUAGAGUCGCUUGCCAUCACCCAGGCUGUUCCUCACGAGUACUUACCAGAGCCACCACUCUCGCGGGUAUUCGUAAGGCUGCUCGUCCUGCAGAUGGUGGGGUUUGGCGUCUACAAAUGCCUGAUAUAUCCGUUUCUGCUCAGUCCACUCAGAUCCUUGCCCAAAGCGCCUGUACGUCCACCUCCGACUAGCUCAUCUACCUGCACGAAUUGCGCUGAUCACUUGUAGGGCGAGAGACCCAUUCUGGGGAAUGGACUGGCUACGUUCGAAAGGCCCGCAGGCACAUCCUUCCUGAAAUGGAUGACUGAAAUUCCAAACGAUGGCCUCAUCCACUUUCGAGGCUUCUUCCACCAGGAUCGACUUCUUGUUACGGAUCUUAAGGCGCUGAGCGAGAUCCUUGUUACCCGGAGCUACGACUUCGAAAAGCCAAAGCGACUCAGGGACUUCCUCCGUUUCGUCUUGGGCGACGGCUUGAUUCUCGUAGAGGGAGAUGUGCACAAGUUCCAAAGAAAGAACAUUAUGCCGGUCUUCACUUUUCGCCACAUCAAAGAUCUGUAUCCUAUCUUCUGGCAGAAGGCAACGCAACUCACGCAAGGCGUCAACCAGCAGGUCGACGAGAAUCCGGAGAACAAUUCAAGCGACGUCACUUCGGUCGUCGAGAUUAACCACUGGGCAAAUCAAGUCACAAUGGAUAUCAUUGGCAUGGCGGCAAUGGGUCGCGAUUUCCAGGCGUUGAAAAAUGGCCAGGAUCCACUCAUCGUCAAUUACGAGGAACUGCUGGAGCCUAGCAAGGAGAAGCAGAUCUACUUCCUCCUCAAUCUACUCUUCCCUCAAAGCCUUAUCCGCUGGCUACCUUGGAAAAUUAACGGCGAAAUGAAACGAAUUGUCGAAAACGUGCAACGGAUCAGCUUGGAGCUAGUCCGCGACAAGAAGGAGAUGGUCAAGACUGAGCCCGAAAGUCAAAAGGACCUGUUAUCACUCCUGAUCCGAUCCAACAACUUCUCUGAUCAGCAACUGGUGGAUCAGAUGAUGACCUUCUUGGCAGCUGGCCACGAGACUACAUCGUCCGCUUUCACGUGGGCCACUUUCUUGCUGGCCACCCAUGCUGAAAUCCAAAAGGCACUUCGAAAGGAGAUCCAGGAGAACAUGCCAUCUCCCAACACACAGCCGCCUGCAGAUUUCGAUCUUGCAACUGUCUUGGAAUCGCUGCCGCUUUUAAACGGUGUCUGCAACGAGGUCAUCCGACUCUAUCCCACUGUACCAACCACAGUCCGUGACGCCGUCAAAGAUACACAGCUAGCCGGCGUACACAUUCCAAAUGGCACACAGAUUGUCCUCAGUCCCUGGGGUAUCAAUCGCAACCCUCAUUUCUGGGGCAAGAAUGCCGAAGAAUUCGUGCCUGAAAGAUGGAUCGAUACAGAUGAGAAGACUGGCGAACGGAAGCCGAACAAUGCAGGAGGUGCACCAAACAACUACGCUAUCCUGACUUUCUUGCAUGGUCCACGAUCUUGCAUUGGUCAGGGCUUCGCCAAGGCUGAGCUCAGAUGUCUCGUCGCUGCUUUUGUUGGAAGCUUCCAGAUGGACCUCGCAGACCCGAAUGAGAAGGUCAUUCCAAGCGGUGUUGUGACAACCAAGCCGAAGAAUGGCAUGCACUUGCGUCUGAAGCAUCUCGGCGGAUGGUAA